UUGCUCUCGCUCCUCCCUUACCGCUGGACGCUGCGGCCCUGUUGUUUCUUUUCCCCACCUUCUUUUUCUCUCUUAACGGGCUUGCGUAGCUUGUCUGGCUAAGAGUCCUGUAGGUUCGGUAGCAUUGUUUGUCCCCUGGUGCGGCAGCGAAGAAGAAAACGUCUAGAGCUUUUUGAAGUACCCUGUGUCGGCUUCCUUGUGGUAGGCUGUGGGCCUUCCUUUCCAGGCCGGCUCCUGGCGCCUGUUGUAGCUGAGCCCCCGGGCUCCCCGCACCCGGAGAGGAUGUCAGAACAGACGGGCUUGGUGAUGCCGCAGACCCUGGACAGGAGUUGCUGGGUAUGUUUUGCUACUGAUGAGGAUGACAGAACAGCAGAGUGGGUGAGACCAUGCAGGUGUAGAGGAUCUACAAAGUGGGUUCACCAAACUUGUCUUCAGCGCUGGGUGGAUGAAAAGCAGAGAGGGAACAGUACAGCUCGAGUUGCCUGUCCUCAGUGUAAUGCAGAAUACUUAAUAGUAUUUCCAAAGCUAGGUCCAGUUGUUUAUGUCUUGGAUCUUGCAGAUCGCCUUAUUUCAAAAGCCUGUCCAUUUGCUGCAGCUGGAAUAAUGGUGGGCUCUAUCUACUGGACAGCUGUCACUUAUGGGGCUGUAACAGUGAUGCAGGGAGAAGAAACACAAAACAAUGUUGUGGGUCAUAAAGAAGGCCUUGAUGUCAUGGAAAGAGCUGAUCCCUUGUUCCUUUUAAUUGGACUUCCUACCAUCCCAGUUAUGCUUAUUUUGGGAAAGAUGAUUCGCUGGGAAGACUACGUACUUCGAUUAUGGCGCAAAUAUUCUAACAAACUACAGAUAUUGAACAGUAUAUUUCCAGGUAUUGGAUGUCCUGUUCCUCGUAUUCCAGCUGAGGCCAACCCUCUAGCAGAUCAUGUCUCUGCUACACGUAUUCUGUGUGGAGCACUUGUCUUUCCCACUAUUGCUACAAUAGUUGGCAAGCUGAUGUUCAGCAGUGUUAACUCUAAUCUUCAAAGAACAAUUUUGGGUGGAAUUGCUUUUGUUGCUAUUAAAGGAGCUUUCAAAGUCUACUUCAAACAGCAGCAAUAUUUGCGACAAGCUCAUCGGAAAAUUUUAAAUUAUCCUGAGCAGGAAGGUGCAUAAAUGACUGUGGCUGCCACACUCAUACAAACUCAUCGACUAUAUUCAGAAGCAUUGUAACAAUUCUGUUUGGCUAUGGGAGCAGAUAUUGGAAGAGAUGCUGCUGACCGCUUUGUGUGUGCGUGCACAUGCAUGCACCAGACUAAUAAAGGACUUUAUUAUGGCAGGGUGAAUCGUCCUUAGUUGUUGAGCCUAAGAAUGUUAUUUGUUUUCAAUGAUGCAUUUUCUUUGCAGCAGGAGAGAUGUGAAUCAUUUUCCUAUAGGCAAAUGUUGUCUUUCUUUUUUUAAACAGAAGCCAAACAGUUGUGAAGUUAAUAAAUUGUCUGCUGAUAGAGUUGAAUUAUCUUUUGUAUGCUUAUUGCAGUAAAUGCACAGUAGUUUGCUACACAAGCCAAGAUAACUGGUUUAAAAAAAUAUUCAGUUGUUUAUUGCCAAGUAGAACUUGGCAAUGGCAGUUAAUAAGGGUUUCCAUAUUCACCGAUGAAGCUAAACAAUAAACAUGAAAAUUAGAGUCUAAAUUCUGUUCAAGGACUGCAAAUGUCAACUCAGUUCUUCAUUUUGAUAAACACUUGGAAUACCAGCAUUUUUUUCAUAUGUUUCACCAAUUAUUUUCUUUCAGGGUUUUUUUUUUUUUUUUUUUUUUGGUUGUAAUCAAGUUGUACUAUAUAUAACUGCUUGCCACCUGUGAAAUCUACAAGCUGUAAUAUUAGAGCUGUUACUUCAUGCCAGUGUGCUGUAGAGCCACAAGCAAAUUUUGAAAUGAGUUCAGAAUAAGGAUUCAGAAAUCGGUGCUCUUUGCAUGCAGCUGUGCAUAGAAGACAAUAUGUCCAGAUACAUACAUUGAAAUUUGAUUUCACAAAUAAAGUGACGUUCCAGAAGUAGUUUCCCAAUGUUAAGUUUAUGACUUGUCUGGCACCCUAGCUAUAUCAUUUUUCACUUGUUUACUGAGUGUUGGUUUUAGUGGGCCCUCUAAGCAAAUAUGCAGGAUUGGUGUAUACGUUCUAGGUCUAAACAUAUACAUGCAGAAGCCCCAUUCCAGUCAGUGAGGUGGACUUUCUGGUAUAUGACAGGGUUGAGAUUUAUAAGGGAUGUACUCUUCCUUGACAACUGAAACUAGUAAAUCAAUGUUAACUGUUAACUACAGUCUGAUUCCUGUAAAACCUAUAUAAUAAAGGUCAGACUAGGUUUACAGGUGGUUUUAUUUUGGCAGAAUUAACAGAGCCAUUCACUAUCUCUUAAAGCCUCAAAUUAUGUUCAGAUUCAUAGUGGAUAUAAGGCAUAGAGGAAAGUGGUUCUUCACCAGAAAUUAAACAAAUACAAAAUGAGGUUCAUGUUUGCAAUAAUGUAUACUUAAAGUAAUACAAUUUUGUGUAGCAAGCUUUAUGUUAAAUACUGAAAUAAACUAUUGUAGAAUUGUAUAAAAGUGUACAUAAUGACUAAGUAUUCAAAUGUUGAUUUAUGUGGAAAACUAAAAAAUACAAGCACUCAUUUCUUGUAAGUAUUGAAAAAAAUUACAAUAAGCUUAACUCAUUUGGACUCUUGAGAUAUAUAUUUAUAUUUAAAGCAGAAUACUGCAAAAUGCUAGCUUUCUAGCAAACUGUUUUCAGUGCUAUUAAACAACUCUUGCAAAAACAUUUGUCAUUGCAAGGAGGAGCCUUCUACGUGGUCUUUACGGUAUAUACACCAGCCCUUUGUUACCUGCUGGUUUUUAAACUUUCUCUCACAUACGGAGUAGUGGCUUGGUUUGGAAUUUGUUCUGUGGUAAAAUUGCUGGAUCUGUUGUAUAUCUUACGACUGCAGAUGUACUAUUUUAAAUUCAUUAGCAAAAAAGCAUUAACUUGGUUACUGUGCUGUUAAUGUUUUUAGUUGUGCAGUUUAUGAUCACAUACUGAACUAGCCUGAAUAAAUUUUUUACAUUCGUCAA